AUGGUAAAAAUCAUAAAACAAAAUGUAGAACAAAAAGAUAAAGAAAAAAAAAUAGAAAUUACAAAAUAUAAUAUAGAACGAAGUAAAAAGCAUAAACAAUUUCUUAAGAAGUGUAAAGAAUACAAAGAAGAAAUUAUCAAUUUUUGCAAAGAACAAAAAGAUCUAAAAAUCAAUAAUAAAGAUGAUGAUGGUAUUAUGUAUUCGGAUCGGGACAAAGAUGUAUUAAUAAGUCAUGAAAGUGGUUUAAAAUUUUUAGUUUGUUGUAAAUAUCGAACUAAACAAAGUGUUGGGUAUGAUGUUAUUGAAAGAAUGGAAGGAGUUAUUAGUAGAGAACUUAAAAAUUAUAAAGGUUUUAUUGUAUCUAAUAUAAGAUAUUCAACUAAUACUAUAAAUAAGGCAUUAAAAUAUGAAAUCGAAUUAUGUAAAAGCAAAAGAGAUUUAGUUAAACAAAUUAAGAAAUAUGUAGAAAGAAUGUAUAAUUUUAAAACGUUUUUGAUAUAUGGUAUAUAUCAAGUUGAAAAGAAUGUACCGAAUUUUCAACUUAAUGUACUUCUCAAUACAUUAAGUGAAGAGGAUUCUGUGAAAUAUAAUGUGUUUAUAUUUUCAAAUGAAAAUUUAAAAAUAGAUAAUAUCAAUAUACCUAAACGCAUUAAUAUUUGUAAUUUAAGAAAUAUUUUUGAUAUUUUUAAAGAAAAAAUAAAAUGGAAUCCUCAAGUGAUGAUGAUCAAAGAUAUUCCUAAAGUAAUUAUUGAAAAUAAAUCUUUGAGAUUAGAAAAGGAAAUUAUUAAAGAUAUUGAAGAGGAGACUGAUGAAAUAGUAAAUCAGGAGAUUAGUGAUAGGAAUGAGAAAUAUAAUAAAUUUAAUUUGAGAUAUCUUUUGGAAAAUUCGCAAGACUUUUUAAAAUGGGAUACAGAUAAAAAUAUUAAAAGAAGAAAACAUUUUAAAGAAAAUAAUGAAUUAGAAAUUAGUAUUAACACCGAUGAAAAAAUGACUGAUAUUAGUGAAAAAGUUAUUAAAAAAAGAAUAUCUUUAAAGGAUGUUAGUUUUUUUAGACUUGAGGAUUUAACAUUUCGUGGAGUGAAAGAAGUUAAUAUUAUUGAAUAUUAA